ACUAAAGAAAGAAGAGAAGAGCAGACAAGAACUGGAGAAAUUGAAAAGGAAAUUGGAAGGGGACUCGAGUGAUCUGCAUGAGCAAAUCGCAGACCUCCAGGCGCAGAUUGCUGAGCUGAAGAUGCAGCUGGCCAAGAAGGAGGAAGAGCUGCAAGCUGCUCUAGCCAGGCUUGAAGAUGAAACUAGUCAUAAAAACAACGCCCUCAAGAAGAUCCGUGAGUUGGAAGCUCAUAUCUCUGAUCUCCAGGAAGACUUGGAGUCUGAGAGAGCUGCAAGAAACAAAGCAGAAAAACAGAAGAGAGACCUUGGUGAAGAGCUGGAGGCUCUUAAGACAGAGCUUGAAGAUACUUUGGAUACCACAGCCACUCAGCAAGAGCUCAG